AAAGAAGCUCCGGUGGACGCUAUAUUCAAUCUGGGUGUGGUACUAAGGGAUAGCGUCCUCAAAAACCAAACUGCAGAAGCAUUUGCAGAGUCCUUCCAAUCGAAGGCUCGUACAACGCAAAUGCUGGACAAACUUUCUAGGAAAAUCUGUCUUAUCCUUCGACAUUUUGUGGUGUUCUCUUCCGUUUCCUGCGGCAGAG